UAUACAAACGUGUCAUCCAAAUGUGGUGUGAGUUCACUUUAAGCAGCGCAGAUUCGGAUUAAAUCCACUUUCUUUCUCCGCCUCGUUGAUUUGUUACGCAACUCUGAGGCGUUGGAAAGGAAAGGAUAUUGCAAAAUGAUCUUUCUCAAACAUCCCAGAGACUGUGAAGAAGUAGCACGACAGUUCUGCCUGUGUUGAAACAUUCGUGUCUGUCUGUCUGUCUGAGGCCGGUUGUUGUCUUGUUUGUAUGUUAUUCAUAUGUGACUCAAACAUAACGUCAGUUUGUUUGGUUUACUGAAUGAAGUUAUGUCCUGGGAACGCCGCAAACUGUAGAUAUGGGUCUGUUGCCCCUCAUUUCUCUGCUCUCGUUAUUCUGGGCUGCUCAAGGUGCUGUAAUAGCACAGAAACCUUCAGUUUUAGACUCUUGCAUAGACUUUGGAGCCGCUUUUGAUCGAGUUUUCUCAGUACCAGGGGAAGCUGCAGCCUUAAUCUGUACUUUGGAUAUCCAACAUCUCUUUAAUCCUGCAAACAUCUCUUAUAACAUAACAUGGUACAAUAAGCGAACGGGCUCUGAGGUUACACGGGUUGAGCGUGAUGUCAUACUGCAGGACAGACUACUGUGGUUCAUGAACAUCACCAUGGAGCACAAAGGGAGCUACAUAUGUGUUGUCAGAACUGAAGAGAAGUGCUUUAAACAGGCGACGGUGUUAAUGGUCACUGAAAUGACUUCAGAGAGCUGCGUGCGAGCACAGAGGAGCGUGCAGAGGAUCAACGCUCAGGUCAAUGGCUAUCUCGCCUGUCCUCUGAGGGGUUAUAUAAAGAGUGUGGACAGUUCUUCAAUCCAGUGGUACAAGAACUGUCAGAAGAUUGAAGAAGAUGAGAAAUUUGUACCCAUGCAAGACAUGCUGCUCAUCAAAAACGCACAUGUUGAUGACAGUGGUUUUUACACCUGCAAAAUGACCUUUCGUUUAGACAACAUCAUCAGUGAAAUGACGGAGACUCUUGAGUGUGAAGUUCACGAUGAAUAUUCAAUGAAUCCUCGAAUGGUUGAGCCGGUUAAUGACCUCAUCAAAGUGGACAUUGGUUCAUCCUGGAGUAAAUCGUGUCGAGUUUUUGUACCGGGGAAAGGAAUUCAUUUUGUAGGGGUGCUCUGGAAAUAUAAUGUGACCUUCAUCUCUCAAGACAUCUCAGAUCGGAUUCAUCAGACGUCUCUCGAUGAAAUAAGUGCAGAUGAUGGUGUUUGGCUGGUGCGCACACUGUGGAUGACUGAGGUGUACGAGGAAGAUUUCAAUCGAAAUUUCAUCUGCAUGGUGUCGAGCGCUCGAGGAAAUCCCACAGGACAGUUCAUACUCCUGCCUGCAGAUCCAAACUUCCUCCUGCCUCUUGCGCUCGUCCUGAGCUCGUUGGCGUUACUCUUUAUGUUGGGUGCACUUCUGUGCACUUUAUUUAAGGUGGAGCUGACCUUGUGGUUCAGGAACAUGUUUCCAUUCUUCUACAAAACCACAGAUGGAGAUGGUAAGCGAUAUGACGCAUACAUUGCCUAUCCAAGAGUUCUGGAGGGUUCCAGUGAAAUGUCGGAGAUGUUUGCUAUGAGGACUUUACCUCAGGUCUUAGAGGGACUGUAUGGUUAUAAGCUUUUCAUCCUUGGCCGGGACAGUCUGCCAGGAGAAGCUGUGGUGGAUGUUGUCGAAGAUGCUAUGAAGGGCUGUCGCAGACUCCUGCUGCUCUAUACGGCGUCUUCUCUCUGCAGUCCGGAAGCGCAGGAAUGGGCCGAACAGCAGACGGGUUUGUACCAAGCCACUGUGGAGGAGUCGAUUAAAAUAGUGCUGCUGGAAAUGGAGGAAAUCCGUGAUCCGCAGCGACUGCCUCCGAGCGUUCGUCUCAUCAGGGAAAAACAGGGAGCUUUGCAGGCCUGGAAAAAGAGGAAGAGGUGGACGUGUUACGGUAUGAAGUCGGAAGACCGUGUGACCUCACUGGACCCGUCUGCGCGCUUCUGGAGGGAGGUGCGCUAUUACAUGCCCGUCAGAGGCAAAGCUAAAACGGGAAACGUUUGGUUUAGUUUAUAGUUAAAAAAGGUUAAAUUGUACUGCGUGUAGUGAUGCAAGCAGGAAUCUGACGGGUUACAGAAGAUUUUGUCUGAAAUGGAAAGGACAACAGUGACCGGACACUUUCAGCCGUCUGUUUUCCUUGGGGACUACUUUUUCAAAGCAAAGUGGAAAGCUUUAAACCCGAUGAGUUUGGCUUGGAGAGGAACCAAAGUUGUGACAUUUGGAUCCAAAGAGACCUUGAAGACCUGAAAAAGACAAAUGGCAUUCAAUAACAGGAUAUCUUGUUUAUGCAACAGUGUCAGAAAUGAAUGUUUACUUAAAGCAAAAUUUUCUCACUGAAUUUGAUUUUACAGGCAUUUCUUAACCUAUAUGAGGGCAUACAGUAUAAACAUACAUGUAUUAUGUGAUGUGUAUGAUUUGCUCCUGUAAAGCUCAGUGUUAUAGGAUUGCGUUAGCAUUGCAAAUGUCAUGGGAACACACAUACUGUAAGUCGCUUUGGAAGUGUCUGCCAAAUGUAUAAUUUGGCUUAAUGUACAAUAAGAAGAAUGUACCCAAAAUGAAAUUAAGCAUUCUCAAUUUCAGACUCUACUAACCACAUGUUCUUUGCUUUACUUUACUUUUUUAUUUGACUUACCAUAACAGUUUUAUUUCAUUGGACAUCAAAUUUCUAUGAACUACGUGUGGAUCUUAUUUCACUGUACAGUACUGUGUGGGUGUGUGCAUGCAUGUGUGCAUGUGCGUGCGUGCGUGCGCAUGCGUCCGUUUGUGUGCGCGAAUGCGUCCGUUUGCGUGCGCGAAUGCGUCCGUUUGCGUGCGCGAAUGCGUCCGUUUGCGUGCGCAUACAUGCUUUUUUUGUGCGCAUGCGUGCUUUUUCUAACUAUGUGCAUGCGUGCGCAUGCGUCCGUUUGCGUGCGCAUGCGUCCGUUUGCGUGCGCAUGCGUCCGUUUGCGUGCGCAUGCGUCCGUUUGCGUGCGCAUGCGUCCGUUUGCGUGAGCAUGCGUGCUUUUUUCGUGCGCAUGCGUCCGUUUUCUAACUAUGUGCAUGUGUGCGUUUGCGUGCGUCCGUUUGCGUGUGCAUGCGUCCGUUUGCGUGAGCAUGCGUGCUAUUUCGUGUGCAUGCGUGCUUUUUCGUGUGUGAGCGUGCAUUUGCGUGCAUGCCUUUGCAUGCGUCUGCAUGCGUGCAUUUGUAUGCGUGUACAUGCAUGCAUGGAUUAAAAUACUCAUAGCCCAGUAAAGAUGAAGAAGCAACUGUAUGUAAUGCAGUUAUACUGUAGGUGUAUUUUCUGAGUAACACUGUCGUUUAUUUAUUGAUGGGUGUUAAAAGUAUCUUUUGUUUCCGAACUGUCUGUGUUUUUGCAGUUCUAUUCAGUGCCACUCCAGAUAUAGAAAUGACACUCAUCACCUUUACAUUCAACAUGAAAACCCAUCAACCACAAAGAGUGACCCAGAUCAUUUCCUGACAGUUCAACAGCGUAUCUUGUAUUUUUCUGUAGAAGUUUCUGUGGUCUUCUGUGACACACAGUCAGCAGUAUGUGCACUUUAUAUACGCUCAAUGUAAAUACUGUACUGUAUAUAAAAUAGAGCAAAAUGAAGGUUCUUGACUAACAAAGAAUCUUUCAUCAAGAACCUUUAUUACGUUUUUUUUUUUUUUUUGUAUAGACCUUUUGCGUGUUUGCAAACAGAGAUGACGUAUUUUGUGGGCGGAGCCCAACUGAUGGCAGAAAGUGACAGCUCUGCAGUGGCGUUAAACUCUGAUUUUUAUGAUUCCGGUGUUCUGUUGAAGUCUAUUUCCCCUAUCUUUCCCUUUAGUGUGAUGUUUUUUAUAGCGUUUUCAUCAUGUUACAUUUAUUUCUUUAAAGUUUAAAUGGCUUGGCUGAGAUGUGUGCAUGUAAUGCAAAUGUAUUGUUCUCGCAAAAGGUCUAUAGUGUUGGGUUUUGAAGUUUGUAGGCCGCUGUAAAUUUUCUUGUUUAUAACUUCAGGGAAUAUUUCUCAGGUUGGGUAAAUCUUUAAAAAUCUAAAUUUUAGAGACAAACCUAAAAAAAACUCUUGAAUGCUUGCGCACAGAUUAAAGCUACAGGUUAUGUGAUGUUUUGAUCUUUUGCCCCAAAUAGAUGUUGUUUCACUAUAUGGUCUGGUUUCACAGACAAGGUUUAGCUAAAACCAGAAAUAUGCCUUAGUUAAAUUAAGGUUUUUUUAAUAAACAUGCCUUAGAAAAAGCCAUUUCUGAUGUUUAUUUUGAGACAAAUCAGUGGCACUGGGUUAUUUUAAGAUCUGAUAGCUCAAACAUGUGCUUCAGUCUAGGACUAGUUAAGCCUUGUCUGUGAAAGCAGGUAUUGUAGGAGUAUGUGGGGUAAGUUGUCACAAUACUAUCCUGUUAGACUCUUUAAUGUCAUUUUGAUUGAAUGUAAAAAGUAAAUCAAUCUUGAAAAAGCACAAUGUCAAAGAAUAAAAGAUUCUGAAAAACA